GUUUCGUUCAAAGGAUAAUGGAACUUGAUCGGGAAGCGAGAGGUAGUAGAGCAGUGAUAUCACACAACUAUGCGAAUAAACAGUAAAUACGCAUCGAAUGAAUCAAUAUAGCAACACUUCACUGUAAAAAUGGCAGCGAUUAGUCUUUGGACCGUAUGCAUCUUGGUACACUUGGCUAUCUUGCAAUCGUGGGUUGGUGCUGUAACUGAUUUUUGCAGCCAGCCCCUGGGAAUGAAGACAAGAAUAAUUGCAAAUGAUCAAAUAACGCAGUCAUCCUAUGUCCCUAACUAUGAACCACGCAGAGGCUAUAAUGCUCGCCUUGACCACACAGAGUGCUGGUGUGCUGAUCAAAGUCAACCAAGAAUUGGACAGUGGGUGAAAGUGGAUUUGAAGCAUACUUUUAGUGUAACAGGUAUUACCAUCCAAGGAGACCCUUCAAGUGCAUCAAAUUACAUAAAAGAGUUCAAUCUCAGGUACAGUGUUGAUCUGACGAACUAUGUGUAUGUGACAACAACCACAUACAAUGAUCCAAUGAAAUUUACAGGAGCUACUGGUCCUAACCAGAAAAUAGAUGUGAUGUUUCCUAAUCGAACUUUUUCUGCACGAUAUCUUGAAUUUAAACCUACAGACUCAAAUGGUGACUAUUUGUGUGUAAGAUUUGAACUUUAUGGAUGCCUCUAUGUCUGUGGACAGGGCCUUGGCAUUGAGCAUGGCAGUGAGCUUCCUUCAGGUUUUGCAAUGACGUCAUCUUCCCACUCCUCUGGACAAGAAGUGGCACCAGGUCGUUUAAACAAUCCAUCUGCCGCUUGGUGUGACUCGGGAACCACUAACCAGUUUCUGCAAGUAGAUUUUGGGAAAAUCGUGACUGUCAGUGGAAUUGCAACUCAAGGUAACCCAAGCGCAGCAUCUUGGGUGAAAGAUUUUUAUGUUGAGUAUGGCACAACACUCAGCUCUCUUGUCACCUACCAAGAAAAUACUGGGAAUAAGCUUUUCAUUGGAAACUCUGAUCAGAACACGAUAGUUGUGAACUGGUUCCGUGUGCGGCUGCAAACGAGAUACGUGAAAAUAAAACCAAACACGUACAAUUCAGGUGUCUGUAUGCGAAUUGAGAUCCUUGGCUGCAACUUAGAUUCCGUAUAUGAAUUCGGUGCUGAAAACAGAGCUUUGCCAGACAACAGAUUCUCCGCUUAUGCAACUACAGAUUUUUUCAACAAUGGUAGAUACCAACCAAAGGAUGGUCGCCUAAACAAUGACAGACCAUGGGGAUGCAGCAGAACGGAAACCUCGUUUCUCUGGUUCAAAGUUGAUUUAGGCCGAGAUAUGCUGGUAACUGCAAUUGCUACACAGGGUGACAGAACGUACGGCCCAAACUAUUUCCCUGACUUCAAAUUGCAGUAUACUCGGGGUUCAAAUAAUAUCACGAUCAAAGAAGAAUCUAGCUCAACAGAAAAAGUUUUUAUUGGAAACACAAACAAUGCUGGUGUCAAGUUCAACCUGUUUGAGAAGCCAGUAUCAGCAAGAUACAUUCAAUUCAUUAAAAACAGCAAUUUAUUAUGGGAUAAUACGUUGACUCUUGAGGUUUACGGCCGACCUCCAAUUUGCAGUUCCAGUUUUGGCAUGGAAGCUGGGGAGCCAAACACGAAUAACCCGACCGUGAGUGCUUCAAGUGGAAUAGUACCUGAUAAGCGAAGCAAACUAAACACUCCUAACUCAUGGUGUGCAACGACAUCUGAUACGAACCAGUUCUUUCAAUAUGACUUUGGCAUGGCAAAGGUGAUCAGUGGAUUUGCAAUACAAGGAGAUCCUGUAUUUGAGAAAUGGGUUGAAACUUUCAAAGUUCAAUUUGGGGAUGACGUGUCAUCCCUGUCGACCUACCAGGAAGGGGGGAGCGAUAAGAUUUUCACUGGUUGCAAAUCACGUGAGGGGAUUGUUUAUCAUUGGUUCUCAUCCAGUUUAAAAAUACGGUAUCUAAGAAUAGUUCCGUUGACCUGGAAAACUGCGAUUUGUUUGCGGAUGAAUGCCUAUGGUUGCCCAGAUUCAGAAUGCCGGGAUACUGUUGGAAUUCAAUCUUCCAGCUCAGUUUCCGAUGCCUCGAUGACAUCGUCAACAUCUGCUAAUGGAAAUGGAGCCCACAAAGGGAGGUUUAACGUAGAAUCUGUUUGGGAAGCUUGCCAGUUCGGUUCAUGUUUCCCGAAAGAAUCAACUGGAGCCAAACCAUGGAUUCAAGCAUGUUUACCAAGUGUACAGUCAAUCAGUUCGAUUGUGAUUCAGGGUCAGGGCAAUGUUGAUAACUUGGCAAAAGUGACGGAAUUCUCCCUAAAGUAUUCUUAUUCUACCAUUGCGUCUGGUACAUUUUUCGAAUACAAGCACAGCAAUUUGUUACAGAAAUUCGCAGGUGCCGAUGGUCGUUACUCGUCAUCACAGAUAGAUCUACCACAUACAAUAAUAGCCCGUUGUAUUCGCUUGCAAGUCGAAACUCAGUCUCCCACUAAUCAGAAUGUUGGACUGCGUUGGGAGAUUCUUGGCUGUGCCUCAGUUGCCGAAGUGUCUUCGACCUCCAUUGCGCCGUCAAGCCCGUCGCUUGCAAGAAAUGGCGAAGUAACAUUGACAUGCACGGUAGUAGCGCAGCCUGGCGUUGAUGCAGCUUGGAAAAACGGAAGCAACACUUUGACAUCCACUGGCAUUUAUCAAGUUGGAAACGAUACCGUAACAAAUGAAAAUAUAAAUGGAGAAACGACCAAAACUUUGAAGAUCACUGCCACACCAAACAAUGUUAUUAACUCAUUUGCAACUUGCACUGUCACCGAUUUUGCGCAGGGGUUUGUUCAAUGUCAACAAACCUUUGGAUGUUCAGCAAUGUAUCCUGGGAUAUCGAGCACUUCGAAGAGUGGCACAGUGGAAGUUACUGUAACCGGACUCUUGGCUAAACCCUCGACACCAAGCGGCAUGGUAACAAGCUCACUUACCAAUACAACUGCAUCAGUAACAUGGAAUGCUUCAGUCUCGGAUUUUCCUACUGAAAGCUACAAUGUAGUUCUUAAGAAAAAGUCUGAUGGCUCAACACACGAAACACAGAAUAACUUGAAGACCACAACAGCAUCGUUUACUGGCCUAAGUGUAUACACCGACUACACCAUCGAGGUUUCUGCAAAAUCAUCGCCUCACAAUAUAAAUUCAGAAACGGGAACCUUUGACUUUAAAACAGACGAAGGAGUUUCAUCGUCCCCGUCAGCUGUUUCGUCAGCGGCGCUAUCUUCGACCAGCAUCCAAGUCUCCUGGUCGCAGCCUUCGUCUCUUAACGGUGUUCUUCACGAUUACAAAGUCAGAUACAAGAUGACAUCCGCAGCUGAUUUCACAACUCCGGUCAGUGCUGGAAGCAACUUAACGAAGACCAUAUCAUCUUUGAAGCCCUUUGAAGACUACCAGGCUCAGGUCUUGGCAACUACCAAAGGUGGGACUAUUUUAGGAAUCUGGAGCUCAGCUGCAACUGCCAAAACGCACGAAGGGAGACCAACGCAACCACAAGAUCUGAAGUUUGCCAACAUUCAAUCGACUUCAGCACUAGUCAAUUUCACCAAACCGGCGGAAGAAAACGGCAUUGUUACAAACUAUACGUUGAGAUAUCGUGGCUCAAAGUCGUAUAAUAAUUCGUUUGAACAUGUCAAUUCUACGACGAUUGAUAGAGAACCGUCAUCAGACUUCACCGAGGCUGUUCUGACCAGUCUCGUUCCGGCUACGGAAUACAGCAUCGAUGUAGCUGCCACGACAGGAGGUGGACAAGGGGAAUUCAGCUCAAGCCUAACUUUCAGAACAGCAUUUGCAGGUCCACCCAAGCCAUCGUUGGAGAGUCUUGGAAGGGUUAACACUGUACUGAAAGUCAAUGCUGGUGCAACAUGGGACAUAAACGGUCCAGUAAGCGAAUAUCAGCUGUCAUUUGUGGAAGGAAAGGCAAUGUCUUGUCAACCAUCUGGUUCGGCAGAGACCUUUCUUCCUUCUAAACUGCCAUUGCAAUUGGAGUUUCAGCCUGGGAUCAAAUCAGUGACACAUAUUUCAACGGAGCUCAAAACAUUGGCAAAUUACACAAUCUGCUACCGUGCUGCAACCACCGAUAAGGGCCAGAAAUAUUUCAGUCAGUUUUCCAGCGUUACCAUCGAGCGAACAUAUUUGGAAAAGAUGGACGUGAAUGUCUACAAAUCAAACGCUACUGCCACUUCGUUCGUCAUUCCUCUGGCACAAGGGCCAUCCAAUGCAAAGAGCUACCAUAUCAUCGUAAUAGAAAGAAACAGUACAAGUCAGGUCAAACACCCGGAAAAUUUCAGCCCAUCCGACCUUGGCCCGUACGACUCUUCAACAUACGUGCCUGGAAAGGCCUAUGUAACUGGAGUACUCUCUAGUUUUACGAGUAAAUUUGAAAUUGGGGACGGAAAAGAAUACUCCGUAUCUACCAGAAGAAGGAGAAACGUCGGCGGACAAAAGUAUACUAACGUUCCUUUAAAGGAGAACACAGCAUACAUGGUCUUUCAGCGAGCCUAUGUUUCCCAGAAUAUCUAUUUCUCCUCGCCGUGGAUUGGACCAUUUCAGACAAACAAAGUGUCUCCUACUAAAGUCCCUAGAAUAGCAACAACAGACCCGUCGCCGUCAGUUGGUUUGAUCGUUGGCAUAAUAGUACCCAUACUUAUUAUCAUCGCAUUGGUUGCAGCUGUUUUGUACAUAAGAAAAAGGCGACUUGGUUCUCCAAAACAUACUGAAAACGGCAUACCCGAGAAGAAAUUCGUGCCACUUCCGGAACUUGCAGGAAUGCAAUCCAAUCCAUCGUUUGAAGACGAAGACGAGACUACAAAUGUAGAGACCCCACCUGCUCCUACCCAUCCACACAGUAUGCUUCGCAGGCACAGUUCAGGAGCGUCCUUGAAACACAGAAAGGCUCCACGUGCGGUUGGAAACGACAAACGACACCCUCCAAUAUCAGUUCAAGACUUCAUUGGUCAUUUUAAGGAGUUGCAAAAGGACAGCCAUCAUGGAAUCACAUCAGAAUUCGAGGAUCUUGACAAGGGUCAGCUAUACACAUGGGAUGUAGCAACCAAUGCCACAAACAAACCGAAGAAUCGAUACGCGAACAUUGCAGCAUAUGAUCAUUCACGAGUCCACUUGAAACCUCUCCCAGGUGUCAAUCAUUCAGAUUAUUUCAAUGCAAGCCAUAUUUUGGGAUACUCAGGGAAACAAAAGUAUUUGGCUUCACAAGGGCCAACUGAUGUGGUUUUGUACGAUUUCUGGAGAAUGGUAUGGGAUAAGAACGUGCAGGCCAUCGUGAUGCUAACAAAUGUCGUUGAAAGAGGAAAGAAAAAAUGCUCUCAGUAUUGGCCUGAUUUUGGAUCUGAAACCUACGGCAAAGUCACUGUGAGCCUCAUAUCAAUUCAGAAUUAUGUUGAUUACGCAAUAAGAUGUUUUUCAGUGAAAAGGGAAGGCUGCAAAGAUGAAAGGACCGUUUAUCAGUACCAUUUCCUCACAUGGCCUGAUUACGGAAUACCGGAGUCUCCAACCGACCUGCUAAACUUAAGGGCCAAAUUUCGCAGGCAAUUUCCGUACAACAUGGAAGACCCUGUUGUAGUACAUUGCAGUGCCGGAGUUGGUCGCACUGGAACUUUUAUCCUAAUUGACACAAUGCUGGAACUUGUGCAGACCCAACGAAAAGUGGACAUAUUCAAUUAUCUCAAUUUUAUUCGAAGUCAGAGAAUCCAUCUCGUCCAGGUUGAGGAGCAGUACAUUUUUAUCUAUAAUGCUUUAGUUGAGGCCAUUACUUGUGGUAAAACUGAAAUUGAAGCUCAAAAUUUGAGGAUCCAAAUAAACCAGUUGCAGUCCAAAGAUGGCAGCGGAAAAACUGGUUUUGAGCAGCAGUUUGAGCGGCUGUUGCUGACGACGACCUAUUUCACAGAAACGGAAGCCAGCAUAGGGUGCCAAGGACAUAACAAGCAACGAAACCGAAGGGAAGACGUUUUACCGAAGGACAUUAAUCGUGUGAUUCUACAACAAUCCAUUUACGAAAACGAUGGCGCUUCUGAAUAUAUCAAUGCAACAUACGUCAAUGGUUACCGUAAGAAGAACGCUUUUAUCGCGACACAGCACCCACUGCCAGAGACUAUUGACGAUUUCUGGCUUAUGAUCCAACAAACAGAAGCGCCUAUUGUUGUUCUGCUUAACAGGUUAAACGACGGUCGCGAGAGCCUUCCUAUAUUUUGGCCCUCACCACAACAAACGGCAGAAUAUGGUAAGGUAUUGGUAUACCAUCAGUCAGAAAGCAACGGACCUGAUUUUGUUGAGCGGCAGUUUUCUGUGAGCCAUGAUAAUUCCAGAGACGCAUGUAAAAAUGUGACAAUUUUCCAUUUCCAAAGCUGGCCCGACCACAGCGUCCCUAAGGAUUUCAGCAAGCUUCUCUCUUUAAUUAGCAACAUUGAAAAAUGCCAACAACAGCAAUCAGACGAUCAACCGAUCGUGAUUAUGUGCAGAGACGGCGCUGGUCGCACUGGAACGUUUAUUGCAAUUUCUAAUAUUCUCGAACGAUUCAAGAUUGAACAGCUGGUUGAUGUCUUCCAAACCAUAAAGAAGACGAGAGCCUUCCGACCGCAGUUCGUAGAAAAUGCCGCCCAGUACAAGUUCUGUCACACAAUUACCCAAGCAUUCAUCGACUCUUUUGAUACGUAUGCAAAUUUUUCUGGAUAAAAAUUUGUAACUAGUGCCUUGGCAUCGCCAUUAAACGAAGAAAUUACAUUUAUAUGCAGAUAUAUUGUACAUUUUUACGGCGAAAAGAAAGUCAGUGGCAUCAAUGCUGUUUGCAUUUGAUAGAACUGCAGCACCUUCUUGUUGGUAACAUCGAGUCUAUAUUUCAUUCUCCUGGCAAAAUAUUUGUUACCAGCAAACGACUUUUAUGUUUCUAGGAUCUUUAGGUUAUAGCGCUGAUACAUUUUUGUGUCGUGGAAGUUAAAGUAAAAACAUUGCCCGAAUUAUUUUCUUUGAAAGGAAUGGCUAGAUGUAUAUAAAUAAUUUUGAAGUUUCCUUCGUAGCUAGUAAUUAGGGUGCAAGCUUUGUAAAUGGCUGCUUUCUGUAAAUCUUAUGUUUUAGACUCUUUAAAGCCCCAGUUAAGAAAACAAAACGCAAACCUAAAAUUUCAAAACAAAUGCUGGAGCCAUCUUUUUAUAUGUUGAUGACGUCACAUAAAAUUUGUUGAUGACGUCAGGUGAAGUUUGAAAAUGUCAAAACAUUUUUUUGUAAUGUCUGGUCAGUUUAACUGCUGUUGCAAACUUUUCGCAAACAUUUUAUCCCUCUUUGAUCAAGUGCACGAAGGCUUGUUAGUAGAUGUUGUUGUCAAGGGGCCUAUCACUCCAUGCAAAUGUCGUACACCUUUGCCAAAUAUCCUUUCGUUUUUGAGAAAGAUCCCUGAAAUCCCCAAUAAUCCUGUUUUUCUAAAACAUAUCGUACGUUGCUUGGAAAGAGUGAUGGACCCCUCGGUUCUUCUUUGACUGCUAGUUUAUUCGAAUCAGAUUAAACCGACGUGAAAAUUAUAUAGUAAUUUUAUUUUGCCUCAGAGAUACAAAACAAAAAAUCUUGAUAUUUCAUUGAACGGUCAUCGUAUGUUUUCAAGUGUUAGCUUUGUUUAGAUCCUGAAAGCAUACGGUAAACCUCCGUUUUCGUGCAAAUGUUUGGUGGUAUGUCAGUUCUGCUCGAGAAUAAGCUGGUAUGGCGCUUGAUAAACGCCUAACACAAGAAUUUCUAAAGGUAUAUUCCACUGGAUGUUCCGUACAAUGAUCGGCAACUAAAUUGUGUCUGUGAUAUUGACGUGGCUUACCAUGGCAUAAACUUAAUUUCUGUUAAACACUUAGUUUUCUGUUAAGCAUUGUCGUCAUCAGAUCAAGCAGUAUGGAAAAGGAGCUCAAUAGGCAGCCUCCCUUCACCACAAUUUAAAUCUCGUUCUGACGACAAUGCAUCUAGUUUUGGAUUUGAUUAUUUAGUAAGAAUCAACCGUCGUGUAAAUUUUUUAUCACUAUUUUUACAAUGAUUUGUAAUUUAUUAGUCGUA